AUGCCAGACAGAAAUCACAAUUUUAUUGUAUUUUCACCCCAUAUUUCCAUCAGAUUCAUCAGCGAUAUACAAUCCAGAAACUUCACAGAUGAUUCCAAAUUCCUUCUCCUGGGACUGACAGAGGAUGCAGAACUGCAGCGCCUUCUCUUUAUGUUGUUCCUCAUCAUGUAUCUGGUCACUGUGCUUGGAAACCUGCUCAUUAUUCUGGCUGUCAGUUCUGACUCCCACUUAUAUACUCCAAUGUAUUUCUUUAUCUCCAUACUGUCCAUUACUGACAUCUGUUUAAGCACAACUACCAUCCCAAAUAUGCUGGUGAACAUCCAGACACAGAAUAAGAGUAUCACUUAUACAGGCUGCCUUUGCCAGAUUUUCUUUGUCCUGGUUUUUAAUGGUUUCGAAAUUUGUCUUCUUUCAGCAAUGUCUUAUGACCGCUAUGUGGCCAUUUGUCACCCACUGAGGUAUAUGGUCAUCAUGAAUCCCUGCUUCUGUGGUCUGAUGAUUCUGUUUUCUUUAUUCAUUAGUAUGGUGGAUGCCUUUGUCCACACUCUGAUGGUUUUGCAUCUGUCCUUCUGCACAGAAGUGAAAAUCCGUCAGUUCUUCUGUGAACUUGCUCAGAUCCUCAAGCUUGCCUGUUCCAGUACCUUCAUCAAUAACAUCUUCAUAUAUUUUUUUGGUUGCAUAUUGGGUGUUGUUCCUUUCUCUGGGAUCAUAUUCUCUUACACUCAGAUUAUUUCCUCUGUUUUGAGAAUACCAUCAACUAGUGGAAAGUAUAAAGCUUUUUCUACCUGUGGGUCUCACCUCUCAGUUGUUUUUUUAUUCUAUGGGACAUCUUUUGGUGUGUACAUCAGUUCUAUGUUUUCACACUCUUCCAUAAACACAGCAGUAGCCUCAGUCAUGUACAGUGUGGUCCCUCAAAUGAUGAAUCCUUUUAUCUAUAGUCUGAGAAAUACAGACAUAAAGGUAAGCUUGAGAGAACUCAUUGGUAGGAUUCCUUUUUCAAAUGAUUUUGCCAUUGUGAAAAGCCAUUAA